AUGUCGGGACAACCGCCAGCCCAUUACGAUGAAGGCUACGGCCAACAUCAGCAGGGCAACACGGAUUCCUACUAUCAAGAUGACCACGGACAAGCUUAUUAUGAUGAACACGGUGCCUAUGCAGACCAAGGACACCCCCACCAAGGUGGUGAUGGAUACUAUGAUGAAUCCGGAUACUACAAUGCAGAUGCCAGUAACCCUUACCAACACGAGGGUGGGUAUUACGAAGGCCAGGAGGGUGGUGCCGCCCACGGUGGUCAUUAUCAAGACGAGUACUACAAUGACGGCCAAUAUGACGAGCAUGGAGCGCCUGCUGCAGGCCAGCAACAACAAGCCAAGCGCCGAGGCGAUUCGGAAGAAGACUCCGAGACGUUCAGCGAUUUCACCAUGCGAUCUGACAUGGCUCGGGCCACGGACAUGGAUUACUACGGACGUGGCGAUGAGCGGUACAACAGCUACAACGAGAGCCAGGCAGGUGGACGUGGAUACAGACCUCCAUCUUCUCAAGUCUCAUAUGGAGGGAACCGAUCAUCUGGAGCCUCUACUCCAAACUAUGGAAUGGACUACAACAACGUGCUCCCAGCCGGUCAACGCUCUCGAGAGCCCUACCCAGCCUGGACCUCGGAUGCCCAGAUCCCUUUGUCGAAAGAGGAAGUUGAGGACAUCUUUUUGGAUCUUACAGCAAAGUUUGGUUUCCAGCGUGAUAGCAUGCGUAACAUGUAUGAUCAUUUGAUGACACUGCUCGACUCCCGUGCCUCCCGCAUGACACCCAAUCAAGCACUCCUUUCCCUCCAUGCCGAUUACAUUGGAGGUGACAAUGCGAACUACCGAAAAUGGUAUUUCGCUGCCCAUCUUGACCUCGAUGAUGCGGUAGGAUUUGCCAACAUGAAACUCGGCAAGGGUAGUCGUCGAACUCGUAAAGCUCGACGAGCUGCCAAGAAGAAGGCAGACGUAGAUCCAAAGGAUGAAGCACAAACUCUUGAGCAGCUAGAAGGCGACAACAGUCUUGAAGCGGCUGAAUACCGAUGGAAAACUCGGAUGAACCGGAUGUCACAGCACGACCGGACCCGCCAGAUUGCCCUUUACCUCCUCUGUUGGGGUGAAGCCAACCAGGUCCGCUUCAUGCCCGAGUGUCUCUGCUUCAUUUUCAAGUGUGCAGAUGAUUACCUCAACUCCCCAGCCUGCCAGAACUUGGUCGAGCCUGUGGACGAGUCCACAUACUUGAACGAUGUCAUCACUCCUCUGUACCAAUACUGCCGAGACCAAGGUUACGAGAUUGAUGAAGGCAAGUACGUUCGCCGCGAGAGAGAUCAUAAUAAGAUCAUCGGCUACGACGAUUGUAAUCAGCUCUUCUGGUACCCCGAGGGCAUCGAACUCAUCGUCAUGGAAGACAAGUCUCGCAUAGUUGAUCUUCCACCAGCGGAACGUUACAUGAAGCUGAAGGAGGUUAACUGGAACAAGGUGUUCUUCAAGACCUACCGCGAAACUCGAUCCUGGGGCCACAUGUUGAUUAACUUUAACCGCAUCUGGGUCAUCCAUAUCACUUUCUUCUGGUUCUUCACCGCCAAGAACUCGCCCACUCUUUUGGUCAAACACUACGAACAAGAGAGAAAUAAUUCUGCUCCUGGUUCUGCUCAAUGGUCCGUCGUUGCCUUAGGUGGCGGCGUCGCAACUCUAAUCAUGAUCAUGGCCACAAUCGCCGAAUGGAUGUAUGUACCUCGCAACUGGGCUGGUGCUCAACAUCUCACGAAGAGACUGUUUUUCCUCCUCGGUGUCAUGGCUCUCAACGUCGCUCCUAGUGUCUACAUCUUCAUCGUCCCAGACACGCAAAAGACGAAGUUGGCCUUGACCCUGGGUAUUGUGCAGUUCAUCAUUGCCGUGAUUACGUUUUUCUUCUUCGCUGUCAUGCCGAUUGGUGGCUUGUUCGGAAGUUACCUGACGAAGAACUCGAGACAAUAUGUCGCUAGUCAAACCUUCACAGCCAGUUUUCCCCGCCUCAAAGGUAACGAUAUGUGGAUGUCGUAUGGUCUUUGGGUUUGCGUUUUCGCUGCCAAGCUGGGAGAAUCGUAUGUCUUCUUGACGUUGUCUUUCCGUGAUCCGAUUCGAUAUCUGUCGACGAUGAAGAUUUCGACCUGCCAAGGAGACAAGAUUCUCUUGAAAUACCUUUGCCCGUAUCAGCCGAAGAUUUUGUUAGGUUUGAUGUUCAUCACGGAUCUGUGUCUGUUCUUCCUCGACACCUUCUUGUGGUACAUUAUCCUGAACACUGUCUAUUCCGUCGCUCGAUCCUUCUACCUUGGUGUUUCUAUCUGGACACCGUGGAGAAACAUCUUCUCUCGUCUGCCAAAGCGUAUCUACUCCAAGGUCCUUGCCACCACCGACAUGGAGAUCAAGUACAAGCCAAAGGUGCUUAUCUCCCAGAUAUGGAACGCCAUUGUCAUCUCCAUGUACCGUGAGCAUUUACUUGCCAUUGAUCACGUUCAGAAGCUUCUUUACCACCAGGUUCCUUCUGAGCAGGAGGGAAAGCGAACUUUGAGAGCGCCAACGUUCUUUGUAUCUCAGGAAGAUCACUCCUUCAAGACAGAAUUCUUCCCAAGUCAAAGUGAGGCAGAGCGUCGCAUAUCGUUCUUCGCCCAGUCCCUUUCAACGCCAAUUCCAGAGCCCCUUCCUGUUGACAACAUGCCCACCUUUACUGUCAUGAUUCCUCACUACAGCGAAAAGAUUCUUCUUUCACUUCGUGAGAUCAUCCGUGAAGACGAGCCGUACUCACGUGUCACUCUUCUUGAGUACCUGAAACAGCUUCAUCCCCACGAAUGGGAUUGCUUUGUGAAAGACACCAAAAUUCUUGCCGACGAAACUUCCCAAUUCAACGGGGAUUACGAGAAGGGCGAGAAGGAUACUGCCAAGAGCAAGAUUGAUGACCUUCCCUUUUACUGCAUCGGUUUUAAGUCUGCCGCUCCCGAGUACACUCUCCGUACCCGUAUCUGGGCAUCUCUCCGCUCCCAAACUCUCUACCGCACGAUCUCUGGUUUCAUGAAUUACAGCCGAGCUAUCAAGCUUCUGUACCGUGUAGAGAACCCCGAGGUCGUCCAAAUGUUUGGUGGCAACUCUGACAAGCUCGAACGUGAGCUCGAACGUAUGGCACGUCGAAAGUUCAAACUUGUCGUUUCCAUGCAACGUUAUGCCAAGUUCAAGAAAGAGGAGAUGGAGAACACCGAAUUCUUGCUCCGUGCUUACCCCGAUCUUCAAAUUGCUUACCUGGAUGAAGAAGCCCCACUGGUCGAAGGAGAAGAGCCACGUCUGUAUUCAGCUCUGAUUGACGGUCAUUCCGAGAUCAUGGAGAACGGCAUGCGUCGACCAAAAUUCCGUGUCCAGCUGUCUGGUAACCCAAUUCUUGGUGACGGAAAGUCCGACAACCAGAACCAUGCAAUCAUCUUUUACCGCGGAGAAUACAUCCAACUCAUCGAUGCCAACCAAGACAACUACCUCGAAGAAUGUCUCAAGAUUCGAUCCGUUCUAGCCGAGUUUGAGGAAAUGACUACCGACAAUGUUUCGCCUUACACUCCUGGUGUUGACAACCCAAAGACCAACCCCGUAGCUAUUCUUGGAGCUCGUGAAUACAUUUUCUCUGAGAACAUUGGUAUCCUUGGUGAUGUCGCCGCUGGAAAGGAACAAACAUUCGGUACUCUCUUCGCUCGUACACUCGCGUCAAUCGGUGGCAAGCUGCAUUAUGGUCAUCCUGAUUUCCUCAAUGGUAUUUUCAUGACUACCCGUGGUGGUGUUUCCAAAGCUCAGAAGGGUCUCCAUUUGAACGAGGAUAUUUACGCUGGUAUGACUGCUCUUCUCCGUGGUGGUCGUAUAAAGCAUUGCGAAUACUACCAAUGUGGUAAGGGUCGUGAUCUUGGCUUUGGGUCCAUCUUGAACUUCACAACUAAGAUUGGAACUGGUAUGGGUGAACAAAUGCUCUCUCGCGAGUACUACUACCUUGGUACUCAGCUUCCUCUGGAUCGUUUCCUGUCUUUCUACUACGCACAUCCCGGUUUCCAUCUGAACAACAUGUUCAUCAUGUUUUCGGUGCAGAUGUUCAUGAUAUGCUUGAUCAACCUUGGAGCCCUCCGCAACCAGACGAUUCUCUGUAAAUACAACGUCAAUGUACCCAUCACGGAUCCCCUGUUCCCUACUGGUUGCGCCAAUCUCACUCCUAUUCUCAAUUGGGUUUAUCGUUGCAUUAUCUCCAUUUUCAUCGUCUUCUUUAUUUCUUUCUUGCCCCUCGUGGUACAAGAAUUGACGGAGCGUGGAUUCUGGCGUGCAGCUACCCGUCUUGGCAAGCAGUUCUGCUCUCUCUCGCCAUUCUUUGAGGUGUUUGUGUGUCAAAUUUACGCCAACGCUGUUCAAAUGGAUUUGUCCUUCGGAGGUGCCAGAUAUAUCGGCACAGGUCGUGGUUUUGCUACUGCUCGUAUCCCAUUCGGUAUUCUCUACUCACGAUUUGCCGGUCCUGCCAUUUACAUGGGUGCCCGUGCCGUGAUGAUGCUUCUGUUUGCUACCAUUACUGUUUGGCAGCCAGCCUUGAUUUACUUCUGGGUCACCAUGUGCGCUAUGUGCACAUCCCCUUUCCUCUACAAUCCCCACCAGUUUGCAUGGAACGAUUUCUUCAUCGAUUACCGCGACUUCUUGAGAUGGUUGUCCCGAGGAAACUCACGAUCCCACGCCUCAUCUUGGAUUGCUUUCUGCCGUCUCUCUCGUACUAGGAUCACAGGUUAUAAGCGUAAAAUCUUGGGUGACCCGUCCUCCAAGAUGUCUGGUGACGUGCCGCGAGCAUCGUUUAUCAACUUGUUCUUCGGCGAGAUCAUCGCACCGUUACUGAUGGUUGCGGUGACAUUGAUUCCAUAUCUGUUCAUAAACUCCCAGGUCGGUGUCACCCAAGAACUCAACCCCGACGCAACUAUUGAACCAACGAACGCUUUGGUUCGCGUCGGUAUUGUGGCCCUGGCUCCGGUCGCUAUCAAUGCAGGUGUAUUAGGGGCAAUGUUUGGUAUGGCUUGUUGCAUGGGUCCAGUUCUCAGCAUGUGCUGCAAAAAAUUUGGAUCGGUUCUUGCUGCUAUUGCUCACUGUAUCGCUGUCAUUAUGACCCUAGUUUUUUUCGAAGUGAUGUUUUUCUUGGAAGGCUUUGUCUUCUCGAAGACUUUACUAGGAAUGAUUUGCGCUAUCGCCAUUCAGAGAUUCGUCUACAAGCUCAUCAUUUCGCUUGCCUUGACCAGAGAAAUGAAGACCGACACCUCGAAUAUCGCCUUUUGGACUGGUAAAUGGUACUCCAUGGGAUGGCACUCUGUGUCCCAACCGGCACGAGAAUUCCUUUGCAAGAUCACAGAACUCGGAAUGUUCGCUGGUGACUUCGUACUUGGCCAUGUCAUCCUUUUCGCAAUGUUGCCAAUCAUCUUGAUUCCUCAAAUCGACAAGGCUCACUCUGUGAUGCUCUUUUGGCUCCGUCCCAGCCGGCAAAUCCGCCCACCCAUUUACUCAAUGAAGCAAUCAAAGCUACGAAAGAGACGUGUCUGGAGAUACGCCAUCCUGUACUUCGUUAUUUUCAUCGUCUUCCUUGCAUUGGUUGUGGGCCCCAUUGUUGCUGGCAAGAGUUUGCUCACGGAUAGCUUGACCAGCAACAUUCCCAUGAAUCUCUACCAGCCAUCCCUCAAGCACAACGAUACACGCAACCGAACCGAGACGGGGACUGGAGCCAAGAGCGGUGCCGGCACCUCCGCCACGAAGACAGCAGGCACAGGCUUUGGCUCAACUGCCAGAGUUAAGCUGUAUUGA